UUCACUGCUAGCUAGCCGAACAAGCUAGAAAGGAACUGCGACUCACCUGCCAACGCUGUAAUUGUUCGAAUUUACCAAAUCAAGCAAUUCAAAAUGCACAAGUUGUUUAAUGACAUGAAGUUUAAAGUCUAGCGAUUCGCCUGAAAUGACUUUGGAAUAAUGGUCUGUCCGAGGAGGCUAAAAUCAUUCUGAUGAGGGGGCAUCUACAGCCGACAGCAUGCAGCAGAAAAGGAACAUCCAGAUCAUCGAAUGGGAGGACCUGGACAAAAAGAAGUUCUACUCUUUCGGGGUGUUCAUGACGAUGACCAUCCGGGCCACCGUCUACCCAGCCACUCUAAUCCGUACACGGCUUCAGGUGCAGCGGGGAAAAUCUCUCUACAGCGGCACGUUUGAUGCCUUCUUUAAGAUUCUGCGGACGGAGGGUGUCCGUGGACUUUAUCGCGGCUUUAUGGUUAACACCUUCACGCUGAUUUCAGGGCAGGCUUACAUAACCACCUAUGAGCUGGUGAGGAAAUAUGUCUCCCAGUACUCUGAGGACAAUACAGUCAAGUCUCUGGUGGCAGGUGGUUCAGCCUCCCUGGUUGCUCAGAGCAUCACUGUUCCUAUAGACGUUGUCUCUCAGCAGUUGAUGAUGCAGGGCCAAGGGGAGCACCUCACCCGCUUCAGACUCAACUCUAACUCAGAGAAGGGAAAGCCCAAAAAAUUCUUUGGCCAAACAAGGAACAUUAUGGCUCAGAUUUUUGCUGCUGAUGGUUUCAGGGGCUUCUAUAGAGGAUAUGUGGCUUCAUUACUCACUUACAUCCCAAACAGUGCUGUCUGGUGGCCUUUCUAUCAUUUCUAUGCGGAGCAGCUCUCUAAUCUGGCUCCCAGUGACUGCCCUCAUCUGAUUCUACAAGCCACAGCAGGACCUCUGGCAGCUGCAACUGCCUCCACUGUCACCAACCCGAUGGACGUAGUCAGAGCCCGAGUACAGGUUGAAGGGAGGACCUCAGUCAUUGAGACGUUCAGGCAGCUGAUCAAAGAGGAGGGCUUCUGGGGACUGACCAAAGGACUGUCUGCCCGCAUCAUUUCCUCUACACCCACCGCCAUCGUCAUGGUAGUCGGAUACGAGACGUUAAAGAAACUGAGUUUGAGACCAGAGCUGGUGGACUCGAGACACUGGUAGAAGAUACCGGGACAGACGGUUUCUGGACCAUGUGCCAUAGCCCAAAUAUUAGACUAUGAGUGAAUGCACUGGAUGAGAGAGAGGUUUGUUUAAAAUCACAGCCCAGGGAACAAAUGGAAUCACUUUAAACAAACAUCUGUGUGUUAGAUUUUGACAUAUAUGUACACUAACACAUUAGCUCAGAUUAAUAUAAAGCCAUUAACAUUCACAUGGAUUGACAUUCAGAGUUUGUGUUGCUGCAUAACAGGUUUGUGUUGCUUUUUGUGCAAUCAAGAGUUGAGAGAGAUUUUAACACUGAAAGAUGAAGAGGCAGGGAUGAAACCAGGAGGAUUCAUUUUCAUGAGGACGAUCUCAAAGCUGAAGGCAGAUAAGUAGGAUUUUCUAAAAACAAACUAGCAUGUUUAAAAAAAAAAAUAAUAAUAAUAAUUAAAUCACAAAUGAUCCAGUAAAAAUUGGCAGUGUUGUACAGAGACCCUGGCUGUUGCCUGUAGGAUCAAACGCAGCAAAAACAAAUUCAAACAAAAAUGAGUGUUGAGUCUUGCAGCUGCACAACCUUCUCAGUGCAAUUUGGGUUUACUUGUUGCUUCUGAUUGGGUUAAAACCAUCACACCAUUCUAAGGAAACAUGGGUCAACAUAUAUAUUAUUACAGCGUUGGACAUUCAUAUGGUUAUGGAGCACAAGGGAGCUUCUCAUCUACACUUAAUACUGCACUUCUCCUUUUACUCCUCUGAUCUCACUCCUGUAACACCUCUGGUACUAUUUCGGAUGUCUGCACAGAGGUGCUUUACUUCACUUCAUCCCCAAGUAAUGCCUCAGUGACAUCCCUAUCGAGGGCAAAACUUCACCUUGAACAGGACAAACAUGAUCGCUGUUGUCUGAGUCAGGAGCAUAGGAGGCUCCUCUUAGGUUUUUCUGUCGUAUCCAUAGACUGUAGAGAAUAUUGAACUCCAUGAUUUCAGCCAUCUGGUGACUGAAGGAGGCUGAAACCAGCGUCUGAUGGCUAUCAUGUUGAAAACAGGGCUCAACCUAGUUUUGAUCAACCUUGAAACAGACAAAGAGCUUUAGCUGAGGCAGGUCAAAGCCUCCUGACAAACAGCUACACUCUGCUGGCUUGCCAUGCCUCUGAUUAUUCAAAAAUUCUGUUCUUCUAAAACCAAAAUGGGCAACUUAUCAAAAAGUCACUGCCUGUACCACGAUUUUGGCCCAAAUAAUUUUUGAAUCAGGAUGUAAACAUGUUUAUUUCUGAUGCAAAAAUCUGUAUUUUAACACCAGGUGUGUGGGUGACUUCUGGCACUUGUGCAGCAGGGUUGGAAAUAAACUUUUUUGUCCGCCAGCUACUCACACAAGGGUCAGCUUUGAAUUUUUGUGUUUCUAAACUGUAGCUGGCAAAUCCUACUUAUCUGCCUUUGAUGUAUCAAUGCAUGCUCCAGAACAGUGGUUCUAAACUGGUGGGUCAAGACCCAAAAAGGGUCACAAAUGGAUUCCUGGAAAAAAAUUGGGUCAAAAUGAAUAGUAGUCGUACGCUGACACAUGUCCUUGUACUUUAUUUCACUCUGUUUUGCUUGACGAGGAGUAAAUUCUGUAGGGAUGUUUGAUUUUUGCCGAUAUCCGAUGUGCCAAUAUUUGCAGAUUCUUUUUAGAUGAUACUAAUAUCGAUACAGAUAUUUAAAAAUGCUUUUCGGACAAGAAAUUUCAGUCCUUUUGGACUUGAGGAUGACCAAGGAGACAAACUUUAGUCCUUAAAAAACACUUAAAGUUUAAAGCGUGAGGAUAAAUAAAGAAAAAGAUCUCAGCUGACAUACUGUAGGUCUGUUGGUUCAGCAUAAAACUCCACUGAUUUAUUAGUAUACAUGGACAAAAUUUACAGUUGAUAUAUGCUGAAAUACACAGGCAAAAUAUUGGGUGUGAAUAUUGGCAGAAAUUUCAAGUAUCCUGUUAUCUUGGAUGGAAAUGUCUUCAAGAAUUUCUUUAGACUUUAAAAAAGUCCACCAGAUUUUUGAUUAUUAAAGCAAACCAGACUGAAAUAUUUUUGCAUGCAUGUCCUCCUUAAGUUUCAACGUCUCUUUGUGCUCUCAUAUGUUUUGUUCUAUAUAAGGCCUAAACUGCAACAUUUUUCUUUAAUUUUGAAAAAUUCUAAAAUUUGGGUCACAUUACAGAAAUGUCGGUGGCUCCUGUGGCUGAACCAGCUGAGAACCACGGCUCUGGAAUCAUGUUGGAUAACCUCUGCUGUGGAGGAAAGCAGAUUGAUUUUUGGAUAGCUGGAUAUUGUUUUUUACUAGUCAGAUGUUUGUUACAGUGACUUGUGUUUGUGUCCACAUGAAAACCUGGUUUGAAUCAGAGUUCAGAGAACCAGUAAGGGUCAUUUAGAUAUAGAUGAAGCAUUCAGAUAAACACUACACAAAUCUUUCCCAAGUGUCUGUUUCCAUAUAAACUGUCUCUCUGCAGUUCCCCUCUCUCUGCCUUUUUGCUGCCUUCAUUGUAUAAUCAACUCCAGAAGUUUGCUUUUUUACUGUGGACGACAGUAGGAUUUAGAAUUGUAGCUUCGUGGCAGCCUGUGUUUAUCUUUUAUUUACAGUUGUCUUAUAACCUGCACAGUCUAAAUCAUAAAGGACAAUUAACAUGAGGACAUAAAACAUGCAGUACAAACUCUGUCUGUACUCUUUUAACAUCUGCUGGCUGUUGGGACUUGUUGAAAACUCUGCAGUGAUGAAGCUGGUUUAUUAAGGGCAGAUUUUGUACCCUGGUUUUGUCCAGGAGGUUGAACUUGGCUGAAUUAUCAAAACUGUGAGCUGAAGGAGGAAGAAGGUUCAAAAUCAAGAGUGAUGCAAUUUCAGUGUUGACACAAAUCAGUUUGAGUGCAAUAAUGUAAAUGUUUUGUUCUUUUCAGCACAAAAUGUGAUUGUAAAUGUUCUGUAAAUCCUGUGAAUAACAUCUUUAAAGAAGUGUUUAAGUUAUUUUCCUGUUCAAGCGUUCGGGAUUACGACCACUGAAGUGUCCAAACUUCUCUUUCUGUUCAGUCUCUUUUUUGUGUUUUUAACAUAACGUUUGUUGCUUUUGGUUUGAAACGGCUUUUAAAGAAAGAUGAUUAUUUCAAAAUAAAAUCAAGUACAACGUUGAAAUUUAAGAAGUGAUCAUAUUUUUAAAUAUAAACAUUUAAAUAUGACAUUAAAUGUUGUCACAGUGGAAAGGAAUGAGUGCUUAAAUAAAAUGAGACAAGUUAAUAAAAUAAAAGUUUUGAACAGAUUUGCUCAGGUCAAGAUGAACUCUGGAAUACAUUUAGGUUUAAUUUGCAGUUUUAAGUUUCUGAAUCAUAUUUUCAUGCAGUGGCACGUGUGCACUUCUUCAUCUGUUUUUCUUUGUGAACGUAUUUUACUGCAAACCUGUUCGGGUUAUCUGAGGGAGAAGGGAAUCAAUCAAACUGCUGUGAUGAAAUUAAGCCUCUAUUUUUAUUGUCUUUUAAAUCGAAGUGUUGUCAGAUUACAUUGUAAGUGAAAAUGAGAUUUUUCUUCUGCUGUUGAUCAGAACGCGACUGCCAUGAAUAGAGCUCAUAUUUUUUUCCAUCAUGUUUUGUCUUGUGUGUCGUUGCUUCAUCCAUUCAGUUAAUAAAACUUCA